AUGGAAGUAGAAUUAUUAAGGCCCUCAAGCGUACCGAUUUCACCAGAAACUAUAUUAUGGUUCGAAUUUCUGUUAGAUCCAGGAUUGCUGCUAAAGCAUUUGAACAAACCUGCGGCAGAGCCUCCGCCUUCGGAAUUAAUAACCAAAUUUUACGAUGUAAUAACCGAGACUCUUAGAAAUAAUCCGGAUAAUGAGAACGGUGAAAUUAAUGUUGAAGUUAAUAAUGCGAAGACCAAACCCCCUGCGAAAACUACCGCCUUGAAAAUUCUGUCUUUGAAAGUUGGAGCUUUCCUAAAAUGGAACUUGGUUGAAAUAAGAAACCUUCCGUUUAAAACUCAAAUUAGUCUCCUACAAGAUCUAAUGUACUUUACAAACGAUAAAAAGACCGUUGAAAUACCAAACGUUGAAGAAGAAGAUGUUAAAACUGCGUCCCCUCCGUAUUUAUUUGCACUAUUACUCUUUCACCGAUGGUUGCUCAGCACAUCGAUGCAUAGAAUAACAUCUAACUGGCAAACAAGAUAUGGUAUUAAUGAUAUUUCUAUAGCAGACGAGAAUAUCAUAUGCUGCCCUGAAAACAUCAACAAAACCGUGAAUUUUCUGACUGAAGCUUUAGAAUGGAAAUUAAUACCAUCUCUUCUCACAUUUGACUGCUUUAAAUUACCAACAGAAACCAACGAUUGCUUGGAAUUUGAUUGGUCGAAGAGUGAAGAAUUAAAAAAGAACGAGUUCUGCGCGCAAAUUAACUACGAUCUGGGAAUAUUUUUUUUCUACAGGGAACAGUAUGAUUUAGCCAAAAAACAUUUUGCAAAGUGUUUCGAUUUGUUCACCGAUAUACCGGAUAUCAAUGGAUUUUACGAUGUGGAUAGAAGAAUGUUGGAGCUUUAUAUUAAAGCCUGCCAUGGAUCGGCUGAUAUUCAAAAGGGCAGUCUCCUCGAACAGCUGAAUAAUUCUAUAGUUCAUCAAUAUAAGGGUAUUCUUUCGAUUUUACAACAGGAUAAUGUGCAAAGGGAGAUUCCAUUAAUGCACAGAAUAAAUUUAGAAUUGAAUUUACAAGGUGCUCUUUCGAGUGGAGGAUUUACAGUAGCUCGAGAUCUAAUUCAAAAAAUCAAAGCUCUGAAUAUUAUUCGAUGCGUGGUAGAUAAAAAACCAAUCUAUCAUCAUUGCAUAUCUUUGUACAAAAACGCGGAUACGCUAGUAUGGGCUGUUCAAAGUUCUUGGAGUUGUUUCUCUUACACACAGAAGCAAUUAGUUAAGAAAUUCAUUAUUGAAACGAUUUUAAAGGAUGAUAUUCCUGAUUUACUCGAAACAUUUCAAGCUAAUUCUGAUUUAAAGAAUGUCUUGGAUAAACUAGAUAUUGCUUAUAUAAAAAGUUCUGAACCACAAUUCGAUGUUCCCGAAUGUUUAAUCAAAACAGAAAUCAAAGAUAUUUCGAAAAAAAGAAAGCCUAAAUUGGAUUCAAGAUUACUUGAGAAACAACUCAUAGCAUGUAAUAAUCAUAAAGACGUGAAGGAACUUUUGGUUAAAAUUGCAAUGUUAAAUUCCAAUACCACAGUUUGGGCUAUCAACCCUCAAUGGGAACUGCCUAUACCUUUACAAAGUGUCGUUAAAUCAUUAGCCAGAGGUUUUAUCCAAGAUUUUUCGUAUGUAAUGUUAGCUAAAUCGAAAGAGAAUCUUUUAAACAGAAAUUUCAAUGUAUCACUAGAAUUUUUGGUGGUUUUGGAAAAGGAACUACAAGGACAAGGUGCUAACAUUAAUGUUUCCAAGCUCUUUAAACUAGUCAGUUGGGAAAUUUUGCUAGUUCAAAUUUCCCAAUUGCUGGAUCAAUGGCCUAUAACUACAAUAGAUAACGGAGCAUUGGCUGAUGCCUGUGAGGCUUGUUUGCAAAUAAACGAUUCUGUGAUACCCAGGAGUGAAAUUGUGGAACAUUGCGCUGUUUGUUUAUUGAAUUUAGGACGUUGGGAGUUUUUAAUUAAUCUGGAAAAACGAUGGAUAACCUUCGAGAUAACAUCUGCUCUAGCUCUAAAUUGCCAAGAACUCUCCAAAAUCAAGGGAACCAAAAAAUUAUCCAAGACUCUUUGGGACUUAGUUCUUCCGGUAUUCGCAUCGAAUACCACGCAAUCGAAACGAAGUAACACAGCGUUCAAUGAUACCUCCAACGUAAAGAGUAAUUUAACAUUCGUUUUUUUCAAACUCAGAGAUACCUGGUGCCUCAGCGUAGUCAUUUCUAUGCUAACGAAAAUGUUUAAUAUCCUAAAAGACGAAAACUCUCUCGAGUUACAGAGCGAAUACACCAAUUUGUGGCCUGCUACUAUUAGCAACGCUAAUUCCUACAAUCCAGUGGCUGUUAAUGAACUUCUAUUAGAAAUUGUAACGCAUUCUUUAGAGCAUUAUCCAAACAACGCAUCUUGGCUCCGGCUAGUGGGAGACAUAAAUUUUGCUAACGGACAUUAUCAAGUUUCUCUCAGUGACUAUCUGAAGUCCCUGCUAGUAUCGCACGACUAUUUCAACAUACCGAUUCGAAACGACGAUCACGUUUUUAGGAGGAUGAUAAAAUGCUGUAUUGCCCUCGGUUGCAAUACACAAGCGGCCGUAUUGUGUCAAUUUUUGGAGGACGUAGACUACACUUUGGCCUUUCGAACCUUGUCUGAACAAAAGUCGUGUAGCGACGCUGUAGACGCUUACUAUCACUGCUUCUGGGACACGAGCAUAUUGGAAUAUCUGAUAAAUAUGCACAAUAAGAAGGGGGAGUUCCAGAGGCGAAAGUGCGCCAUACAGGUCAUUGCGAUGCUGGAGCUGAAUUCGAGUAAUAAUGACGAGAUUCAGAGAGAGGCGAGUAAUUUGAGGAAGAGCACGUUUUUAAGAGCGUUGUGCAAGCAAUACGUGUUUUAA